UUUCCAAUAUGGCGACCGUGUCUCACGGAAGCCAGUCUCCAACUUCUUUGACAAGAACGUUAGAAAAGAUCUUUGAUGACGCUCAAAAUACUGGAAGAAUACCCUUAAGUGGGAGAAAAUUGAAGGAGUAUCCUAGGAUCGCGAGAAAAUUUGAUUUAAUCGACACUAGCUCGACAGAUAUAUCAAAGAACAGGUUCACCGAGAUUCCUGAACAAGUUUGUGAAUUCUGUUCCAUGGAAAAUCUAAACUGCUAUCAUAAUGUUAUAAGAUGUAUCCCAGAAGCUAUAGUGCAACUUCAAGCACUGACGCACCUUAAUUUAAGUCGCAAUCAGCUGUCAACAAUUCCUCCUUUUAUAUACAAGCUGCAAGCUUUAGAAGUACUUCUUGCACAAAACAACAAACUCGUCUCUUUACCAGAGGAAUUGGGACGUCUAGAAAAGCUUAUGGAAUUGGAUGUAAGCUGUAAUGAGAUCAAUCAUCUUCCUGUACAGAUCGGAGACAUCGAAUCUCUAAAAGUUUUGAAUGUCAGAAAAAAUUUACUUGUGGAACUACCUGAAGAAUUAGGUCAACUCCGCCUGAAGAGAUUGGAUAUCUCAAAUAACAAAAUACAGAAGAUCCCUUCUUCAUACAAGAAUAUAGAUACACUAGAGGAACUGAUUGUGGAGAACAACCCUCUAACUUGCCCACCAGCCCAUGUUUGCAGUAAAGGUAAAGAACACCUAAUGAAGUAUCUCACCAUAGAAGCCAUUAAAGAAGACAGAAGGAGGGGUGUAAUGAAUGACAAUGAACCACCAAGACAUUAUAGGAAACCUAGGUCAAUUUAUCAAGUGAAUUCUAUGGAAUCUAAUGGUAUUGUCGAACCACAGAGCAAAAAUGACAAAAACAGACGCUAUGUCAGUGGGGAUUCUGGGUAUAAUACUACGGAAAAUCUUCAUGAGGUGAACGGGGAUGCUAAAAAAUGGUCACCCGAGGGUGGACAGGAUGCUCAACAGGUGGAGACACUGGUGCUUCAAUCGGGAGAAUCUGUCAAAGAAAAACGUCAAGAACGGGAAAACGAGUUACAACGUAGAAUCUCGGAGCAAGCGCGAGAGUCGAUUCGUGAAGCUGAUUUAAGGACUCAUGGGAGAUCUGCUGAUGGAUUAUGGGACAAUACAACUUCGGUGCAAUUGGUACGUCGCCCUUCUAGUGCAACAGGAAGUGGACAGUCAAGCGGUGUUGGUGGCAGUAGUGGUGGUGGCGGGAAAAUAGUAAAUAAGACAUCGGUGCCCUCUAGUGGGAGAUCUACACCAGGACGUACAACACCAUCUUUACAGAGACGUGUAUCGGGAGAUUUAAUGCCAAAUAUGGGCGUAUCGGAUACCAACGGGGAUGCUUCAGACAGUUCGGAAUUCCAGUCACAGAUGAAUCUUGAAGAUGAAUUUACAAGGGAGCUGAACAGGCAAAAGGCUCAGUAUGAUGCUAAGAAAAAACAAGCAGAACAACUCCGUCUGCAACAACUGCAGGAUGAGACAGACCGUCAAAGGAGACCCUCGUAUAAGACCCCUGAAGAACAAAAAGUUCAAAAUGACGAGGUUGAACGUCAACGACGUGUGGCGUAUAAAGUACAAGAAGAACAGAAGGCCUUGAUUGAGAGACAGCGUGAAGAAGCCAGAAAUAAACCUGAAAGUAACAGUUAUAUCAGCCAAAACAGUGCAGUAGCCUACAAUCAUGUCACUGAGGACUUCAAUCAACCACGUAAGCUGACAUCAUCACAAAGUUUCCGUGACAACCGUACAACUGAAGCAAACCCUUCCCAGCAGGCAUACAGGCGAACUGUCUCAGAUACACACUUCCAGCAAAGAGGAGGAGAGACUACUGGGAUAUCAGAUCCUGUGUUACGAGAGGCCGUUCCAAAUUCUGUCCCGACGCAGCAAACCUCCCCCACUGCCCCCUAUUGGAAUAAACAAGAGGGUAGUCCAGUUGGAUCAGCCAAUGAAAGCAGUCCUAGUCCAAGAUCCCAGCCACCGGCCACACAGGGUUCUAAUCUUUCAACAAAAAUCAGACCUGCUCUUACAUGGACGUUUAAAAUUAAACCCAUAAUGCAACACACGCGCACAAGCACCUCCUCCCAACAAGACAGUGAUGACAGUUAUAGUUACAGCCCUAACAAUGGUAGCCCUAGCAACAGUUCCUACAAUGCCCCUAGCAACAACAGUUCAUACAGUAACCCUAGCAAUGUCAAUAGCAACAAUAGUUCAUAUAAUGGUCCAAGUGGCAGCACCUAUAGUGCUCCUAGCAACAGUACAUAUGGUGAUGCACCUACCAGCAGUGUGCCCAGCAAUGGUACAUACAGUGCCCCUAGCAACGGUUCAUACAAUGGCUCUAGCAACAGUAACUAUGGAGGACAAUCCAGUAUACCACAUAUAAAACCAAGAGGUGUAUUAAACUAUUAUGGUUCGGGAAAGACAGCUGGAGAUUAUGAGAACCUUAAUCCUAACUUUACAAUGAGACGAGAAUAUGACUACAUUCGCAAGGAACUUGAACAGAUAGAGCAACUAAGAAAGACUAUCGAAGGACGUCUUAAAGUGACGCUUCCAGAUGAUGUACCUGGAGCAUUAAAAGAUGGCGUUGUUCUUUGCCAUCUAGCCAAUCACAUUAGACCACGAUCAGUCAGCAGUAUCCAUGUGCCGUCACCUGCUGUGCCAAAAUUGACAAUAGCUAAAUGUAGGAGAAAUGUUGAGAACUUUCUAGAUGCCUGCAGAAAGAUAGGGGUAGACCAGGAAAGAAUUUGUUCAAGUGGGGACAUACUUGAAGAGAAGGGAAUUUCGAGAUUAACAGUGACAGUACAAAGCCUUUUACAACACACCACAGUGGCCAAGCAAUCUCAAGGCUGAUCUCCAUGCAUACGAGCGUAAUCUCACAAAGUACCAGCAUUUGAAGAUAAGAGACUAUUGUGAUUGACAAUGACGGCUGUGUACUUGUGAUGCACAGUACUGUAUACCAGUAUGAUUGGUCGAUUCCAGCAUUGCCAUGCAGUCUCAGAUCAGAAUCAUAUAAGACCAUGUACAGUAUGGCAAAAUGGGGCAAAACAGUCUCAAGUUUGAUCUCGUGACAUAUCCAUGUGACUAAACAAUCAACUAUAGCUAGAGUCAAGCGUGGCCAAACAAUCUUGUAUCAGACAAGCGUGGCCAAACAAUCUUGUAUCAGACAAGCGUGGCCAAACAAUCUCAAGCCAGAAUCUCGCACAAACGUAUUGUGUCCGAUUAGACAAAAUUGGUGCUGAGUCUAAAAUGCAACAUUUACGUGGC